AUGGAAACACUCACCUCCUCACACGAGUGCAACAGCUGCCUCAAAAAAUCCAAAACUAUCGCUGAGCUGGAACGACGUAUUUCCAGCCUCCACUGGAUCCGCAACGAGGAGUCACUCCUGGACUCGAUGUUGACGCUGGGUGCGGGCCUCCCUGUGAACCCAGCCGAGCUGGACUCCACCAUCCCGGCAGCCGCUGCUCCGCAGGCUCCACCGGCCCCAGCGAGCGCUGCUGCUGCCUCUGGCUCCCCACCUUCCACCGCGGAGGCUCCUGCUGAGCCGGCUCAUCCUCAACCCGGGGAACCUUGGCUGACUCAGGGGGCAAGGCCAAAGCGAGUGCCGGCUCCCGCACUGGACUUCACUCCUCACCCGAGGUUCAACAUUCGGAGUUCCACCCCACGGUCAACAGCGGCUGCAAAGAGGAGGACCAGCCUGAAACCACUGAAAUCCCACUUCGAUCUCCAGCUGUCCUCGAGGUACGAUGUACUCAGUGUUGCGGAUUUUCCUCCGCUGCCAGGAAGGCCGGAUCCGGGCCCAGCUGAUGUCGGACGAAGCGCAGCCUCACCUCCGUCUUCUGCUGGGAACGAGGAGGUGAACGGAGGUAUGCACACGGGGCCUCGGCGCCCCCCUCCUCCCCCCCGUCAUGCAUACUCCCCGACCCGGUGCAAACCGUUCAGGGAACCUCUGCGAAGGCACUCCGCUGGGAACAGAGGUUCUCCGGCCCCAACUUGCGCACCACCGCCACCGCCGCGUCCUCGCCCACUGUUCCCGCCGACCACGGCAAUCAUCGGAGACUCCAUCGUGAGGCACGUCCGUUUUUUUAACGCAGUAACCCACUGCUUCCCAGGCGCCACUGUCCCAACUCUCCUCCAUAAACUCCCGGAGCUGCUGGGCUCACUCCCAUCCUCCAUCACGAGGCUGGUUUUACACCUGGGUUUUAACGACACUUCCUCCCGUCAGUCUGAAGUGACCAAGGACUAUUUUAAGAAACUUUUUAAGGUUCUCACCGACUGCGGUAAGUCUGUUUUUAUCUCGGGGCCCCUCCCCUCCUUCGACCGUGGCAUGGGGCGCUUCAGCAGACUCCUCAGCCUGAACACCUGGCUCCAUUCCGCCUGCCCUUGCGGGUUCCGUUUUAUCGACAAUUUUAACUUGUUUUGGAACCGAUCCCCGUUCUAUAGGGCUGACGGAGUCCACCCCUCUCGCCUGGGCAGCAGGGUGCUCGGCGACAACAUUCGACAUGCUGUCCAGUCCACAUACACACCUACACACACACCCCCACACACACCUGACACACACACGUGACUGAUUUCCCCCUCUUCCUCUGUGUCACUGUCCCAAGCCACUACCGCCGCCACCAGCCCCCCUACCGCCCACCCCCAGUACUACACCAUACCACUGCCACUUCUCCUCCAAUCUCAUCCUCUGCCUGCAUACAGUCAGUUUCACCAACACCUCACUUACAGUUCACCCCCAUAUCCUGCAUCCCAGUCAGAAUCUCACACCGAGCCCACAGAACAUUCCCUUCACGGACCAUCAACUUAACUCCAGUCACAUUGGCUCCCAUUUCACCACUGCCUGAGGAUGAGCGCACGCUCGGCACAAACACUAAUAUGGCCGUGCUGAACGUGCGCUCGCUUUUAAAUAAGUCAUUUAUCAUCCAUGAUCUGAUUUUAGACAAUAAUUUAGACAUUCUCCUUUUAACAGAGACAUGGCUUGGCACUGAUGCUUCAAUUGUUCUCACCGAGGCUUGCCCCCCUAAUUUUAUUUUUUUAUUUUCAACAAGGGGGGGGUAGAAAGGGAGGAGGCACUGCCUCAAUAUUUAAAAACAAAUUGUGCCCAAAUGAAGUUUCUUUUAACAGUUUUACAUCAUUCGAAUACCACGCAUUUGUUUUUAGCAGUCCUCCUACUCUCUGUAUUACAAUUUACAGACCACCCCACUACUCCAACUCUUUUAUCAGCGAAUUUUCUGAUCUAUUAUCCAUUUUACAUACUACCCAUAACAGGAUUUUAAUAACUGGUGAUUUUAACUUGCACAUUGAUACAGCGUCUGAUCCAAUGUCUAAGGAGUUUUUAAACCUUUUAAAUUGCAUGGGUUUUAAACAGCAUGUGGCACAGCCGACUCACAACAGAGGGCACACCCUGGAUUUGGUCAUAACUUCCGGCCUAUCCACUGGUGUGUCCUCUGUUGUCGACCUGGCUGUGUCGGAUCACUACUGUGUGUAUUUUAAUAUCACCAGUUUUAACCAUCAGGAGGCCCCGGUGAGAACGGUGAGGAAACGCUACCUAACCCCCGAAGUGGCUGCAAAUUUUAUUGGGAUUUUACAGAGCACUCCUGCCGCAAUUUUACCUGCACCAUGCGAUUUUAUUGUGGACCAUUUUAACAGAACAUUAAAAACCACAUUGGACACAGUGGCUCCACCCGUAAUUAAAACGAUAUUGCCUUUGCACGUUCCCUCAGAGAACUUAUUGAAUCUAUGGAGCAGAAUAUACAACUGAAAAAACAAGUCUCAGACCUGACCGCACAAGAUCUACAACAGGUCAGUCCUGAUAACAGAAUUCAUGUUUGCUAAUGUAAACUGCUUGGAUUGACAGUAAUCGCACCUCAGUUGGGUAAAUGUUCUUGUUGUGAUCUUUUUAAAAAAUUGUUUUUAAGUCCUCCAAAGUCGUCGAGUUCGAGCAAAAUCUGAACUCCGCCGGCAAAACGAUAAAAAGCCUGGAGCAGGAGAUCAGACAGAGCAAAGUAAGCUGGAGCAAAUGAUAUUUUUGUAAUUUUUACUCGUGGUUGAAGCGAGUCUGCUACCCUGUUUUAAUCCAACCUGUGCGCCUUUGACAGGAUAUGGUUUUAGAUCUGAUGAAUCAAACGAGAGACCUUCGCUGUGAGCAGAACCAGAAAGACCAGUCCAUCACACAGCUGUCUGAAGACAUCAGAGAAAUCACGGUACUUCACUCUUUCAGCUUGUACAUCUUUAUUCACUGCAGUUGUCUCAGUGGUCACAUCAUUGAUCUUGCAGGCCAAGUAUGACGCCGCCUGCCUUGAAAUAGACGAAACGAGGGACCAGCACUCAAAUAUGCAAACAGAAAUAAACGACCUCAAAGAAAUGUUGGACAGGAGUGACGCGUCAAACAGAAUAGAGGUAGGUUUUAACAUUCAACGCUGUUGGAGGUUCAUUUUUGUCUUGUUGCUUCAAGUAACGUGUGUGCGUGUCUGUCCUCAGGUGGAGGUGCUGCAGGAGGAGGUUGUUUACGCCACUGAGGAGGUUGAGCGACUCACUAAAGUCUUAGACGAGCAGAACCUUCUGCUUCAAGCAUCUCAAGAGCAAACAGCCCAGAAAGACAUCCUGAUACAGAAUUUACAGCAGAAGGUGACGUUUUCUAGAGUAUCUCAAUUUGACUUAUAAUAGAACUUUUAACAAAUUUAUUCUUUUUUUUUUUUUUUGGAUCAGGUGCAAGAACAACAAGAAGCAGUGGAAAGAACUCUCAGAAAUGGGAGUUUCAAAUCUCCCAUUGAGCGGUCGGUCACGGCAAAAUCUCUGCCUCAGGUAAGACGCGUCUGUGCUGUAUGUCUCGCCUUCUGGUGUUUUCGUUUUUUAAUACACGCAGUUAAAAUACACUUUUCUUCUUUUCAAGACCCCCUGCACUCCAAUGAGCUUCAACAGAGACCUGACAGAAGUGCUGGAGAGCCAAGAGAGGGAGCUGGAGAACCAGCGCUCCUCCAUGAUGACCAUGGAGGUUCUUUUAAACGAGCUGAACGCAGAGAGGACCGCCAAGAAUGAAGAGAUCCAAAGACUGAAAGUAAACACUGUUAUCUUACCCUCACUAUGAAAUUCUCAGCAUUUCUUAUAAAUGCAAAUGCAUGAAUUAGGAUAUUCAAUAUUGAGAGUGUGUUUUCACCGUCCUCAGACUCAGCUGACUGAAAAAGAGAUGACACAAAUGGAGAUCCAAGCUUUAAUCGACCAGCUUUACACCCAGCAGAGCCAGGAUGGAAAAAAUAACAGGUCAAGUUUAUCGAUUUAAUGCAUCAAGUCCUCCAUGUCGAUGUGAUACAAAGACUGAUAAUGCCGUCUGUGUUUUGCAGUGAUGAGUUACAUGAGGCCAUCAAGCAGUCCAUGCGUAAAGAGCUGCAGAUUCUGGUGGAAGAGAAGGUCAGUAGCUGCUGGUCUUUAGAUUUUUUCCCUUUUAUUUAACAGUCAAUCAAUCGUGUUCCUCUGAUUUUAUCUACAGAGCAAACUGGAGCAGAAGCUGGCUGAUACUCUGAAGAAGUAAGUCCCGGUUUUCUGCAGUUUUUUUAUUCUGAAUCUCCUUCAGAGUUUCGACAUUUAACGGGCACUGUCUGUUUGACAAGGAUGCAGGCACAGGAGUCCUUGUUGGCCCAGUCUCAAUCCUGCGUCCAGGAACUGACCUCAGAGCUGAGGAACCGCUGUUUCGAGCUGAGAGAGCUGAACCAGAGGGUACUUGAUGAGGAGAAGCUGCUUCAGGUCAGAGCCAGAGUAGAGGCUCAAUUAAAGGAAUAUAUCGUGUAGCGUAGGACCACAAUUUAACUGAGAACUGUAAGGUACAGUAGGGCGCUAGCCACCGCUCCCUGGCGUCCCUUACUAUGGACAAAGAUGCUGUGGACUCUCACUAAAUAACAGGGGAGGGACAAGGAUAUAAAGGGAACAACAUAAACCUUUAUUACACCACAAACAAAAUUAUGCACAAUUGACUCACUAAAACUUACACUAAAAUAUGUCCUGUCUAACUAUACUAAGUCCUACUUAAUACUAAACCUAAUGGUACCAAUGUUGCCCGGGGUUGGAGCUCAAAGGAGGACGUGAGGAUUCUGAUGCAGCCAGGAUGGAGGUCUGUGGAGAGGUCCCGAUGUUGAGGGAUUAUGUGCUCAGGUGUCCACGGGAGAUGAAUGGGAGCUGUUCUCGGGUGAAGAGGGGAGGGGGUGAAGAUGUGGUCCAGAGGAGGAGGGGGUGAACUAAAGUCCUUAAACUGGGGCCAGUUAAUGCUUGCUGGGAUACGAAGGACAAUGACGCCGCUAGCGAGACCUAGCUAGCCACUGUCGGGAAAACGAGAGCUAACAUUAAUCGGCGAUCUAACUUCAGUUCAAAGUCUGUUUGUUCCUCUUCAGGUACAAUCUUCACAGGAUUAAAAACAACUUGUUGUGCGGGUUAUUAAUCCCACAAAACUUCACCGAAAGAAUGAAUGAAUCUGUUGGAUACACAAAGCUGCUCCGAUCGUCUCCUCUUCUCAAACUUUCUCCUCUCACUCUCCCAGCUGACACACACACUCGCACCAAAUCACACGCGCACUGAUACAAACAUAUCAGCCUAAUUACAGCAACACUGAAAGGACGUAUAUCUCCGCUGUAUGAAUGACAUCGGGCACAACAACAACAAUAACAACUGUACAUCGCUGCAGUAACAAUAAUAAACAGGAUCUCAAAUAACAAACCAGAAGUAAAGAAGAAAGAGGGCUUAACUGGGCAGGGAGCAGUGGGAAGCCUAUGUUACUGCUUAGAGGGGUUCUUAAAGUAAAACUAUAAAACUAAUCUUCUAGCCACUUCUGAGUCUUCAAUACAGCCGCCCCCUAAUUCGCUAUGCGUAAUUAGCUAUCACUCAAAUCAGAAGGCUCAGAGUUAAAUCAAAUACGGUAAGUUAAACUAGAAUAGGUUGACUAUCUAGCAGGAUGAAGUUACGGGGGCGAGAUCGGGGGUGGGUCAUCUGUAUUGGCGUCAGGGAAUGCAGGGAGCUCUAUGAGUCUUGUGACCGGCCUGGUGUAGGUCCGUCCCUGGACAAUAACAUCUGCUGCUCUAACUUUCCCAUCAGAUCCGACGAUGACUCUGCUCACUCGCCCUACAGGCCAGAUAGCUCUUGGUAGAGACUGAUCAACGAUCAUCACGACUGUGCCUUCGGUCAGAUUGUCCUUAUCUCUCACCCAUUUUUGUCGGGCUUGGAGGGAGGGGAGAUAGUAUAGGAGGAAAUGGGACCAGAACUGAUCAGCUAAAACCUGACUGUGUCUCCACAUCCUUCUUCCUCUCAUCUCAUCUCGAUGGUACACGGUCUGGGGGAGAGCAGGGUCCAGCCGCCCCAUAAGGAGGUAGUUUGGAGUCACAGGGUCCACAUCAGCGACGUCCGUGGAUACGUACCCGAGAGGUUUGGAAUUCAACACUCCCUCUAUCUCAGUCAAAACAGUCGCCAAGACUUCAUCAGUAAUGGACUGUGCUCCCAACACGGUGUACAAGGCGGUCUUAAUAGACCUCACUUCUCUCUCCCAUGUGCCCCCAAAGUGAGGUGCAUUUGGGGGGUUGAACUGGAAGUGGACUUGAGCUGGAGCUAAACGGGACUUCAGUUCUUCUGACAUGGCCUCAAAGCUCUCACGUAGCUCAGACUCUCCUCCCUUGAAAUUGGUCCCCUGGUCUGACAACAGCACGGCAGGGUUCCCUCUCCUAGCUUGAAAUCUCCUGAAGGACAUUAAGAAGGAAUCUGUAGUCAUAGACUGUAGCAACUCAAUGUGUACGGCUCUUGUGGUCAUGCAUUUGUACACGAUUCCCCAGCGCUUCUCAGUCCCCCUCCCUCUCUUGACUAAGAAUGGACCAAAACAGUCUACUCCAGUUGUGUGGAAUGCCCUCUCUCCUAUCCUCAAUCUUGAAGGUGGCAAAUCGGCCAUCUUGGGUAUGGCGGGCUGGGCUCUCCAUUUCUGGCAGGCGGUGCAAAAUCGCUGGAAUCGACGUACGGCUUCUCUUCCCUGCAGUAUCCAGUACCGUCGUCGUAUCUCGGCGAAAACUCUCUCUGCCCCUGCAUGGCACACUGCUUGGUCGUACUUCUGAAUGAUUAACUCUGUCACUUGGUGUUUGGUUCCCAACACAAUGGGAUGUUUAAUGUCUUCUGAUAGGUUCAUGGCACGUCGUAACCGACCUCCCACUCGGAUCAGACCUUCAGAAUCAAGUUCCGGGGCUAAUCUCAAGAGUCUGCUAUCUGAUGGGACGGGCUUCCCAGCGGUCAAGCACUCCAGGUCCUCAGGGAAGGAAUCUCGCUGGGCUCUCUUCAGGACUAAUAGUUCUGCUUCCACAUAAUCUGCUGCACUUAGGUCUGUAGUGGCCGGGAGGUCUGGGUGGUGCCAAAGAAAAGUCGCCCUCUGCAGAUGCUCGAGUGUAGGACUGUCAUCAAGGCAGGGGCCAUCUGCAGGUGGGACCUGACAUAAUCCACAAAACGGUGAUCUCUUCAACUCUGCCUCGUCUGGGUUCUCAGCGAUGGAUGGUGGUAAUGGCCAGUCUUCCUUGGGCCGCCGAAGAAAGCCUGGUCCGCAACUGUAAGGGUUCGCUUGAGACAGGGUGGCGAGGGUAGCACCUCUAGUGAUUAUAUCCGCCGGGUUACUUCCUGUGUCAACAUAUCUCCAACACUCCACUCCAACUAGGUCUUGGAUCUCCGAAACCCUUGUUCCGACGAACACUUUAUAGCGGCAGGAUUCGGAUUGAAGCCAGGAAAUCACAGUCAUGGAGUCGGACCACAGGAUGGUCUCCUGCAGCGGUAGGGUGAGCUCGUCCUUUACCAUCUUAGCGAGUUGUGCGCCGACUAGGGCCGCACAGAGCUCCAGGCGUGGGAUGGACUGCUGCUUACGAGGGGCUACCCGAGAGCGGGCUAGGACGAAAGCUAUGUGGACGUCACCAGCGGUGUCGAUUGCUCUGAGAUAGACCACGGAUCCGUAAACAGUCUCGGAGGCGUCACUAAAGACAUGCAAGUCUAUCUUACUCGUUCUCAGGUCGACGGUCGGAGGGAAGUAGCUGCGUGAAAGAGUAACUUCACCGAGGAGAGAAAGUUCUUCUUCCCACUCGCUCCACUUGGCAGCGAGGUGAUCAGGGAUAGGGUCAUCCCAGCCCAGGUCCUUUGCCCACAACUCUCUCACCAGCACCUUGGCUCUAGUCGUAUAUGGGAGGAUAUAACCGAGUGGAUCGUAUUGACUUGCAAGAGUACUAUAAAUGCUUCUUCUGGUGAUGCGCUCCUUCGUAGGUGGGGUGUGACGGUAGUGCAGGGUGUCUGUUUGGAAGUGCCAUACGAGACCCAAGGUCAUCUCCUGAGCCUCUCCGGGGCUCUGGGCCAUCCAGGUCUCGCUGCUCUUGGCUUUGGCUUCAGGGGGAAGCUGACUGAGCACCCCAGGAUGGCUACUUGCCCACUGACGCAGGUCGAAUCCUCCCUUCGCUAGCAAGGUCCUCAGCUUCAUAAGGAUGGUUUCGGCCUCAUGCUCAGUGGGGACACUCUGUAGACAGUUGUCUACAUAAAAACAGCGUUCAAUACUGUGGCGGAUGUCUUCUCCUGCCUCUGGGUCGUCUGUGACAUGCUUCUGCAGUGCGAAGAUCGCACAGCAGGGGCUGCAGGUAGUACCAAAUGGUAGUACUUCCCAUUGAUAGAUAGAAGGGUGUUCGUCACUUGGGUCAUCCCUCCACAGGAACCUCAGUAAGGGUUUAUCCUCUUCCAGAAGGUGGAUCUGGUGGAACAUUCCCUUAAUGUCCCCACUGAUUGCCACUCUGUCCUGCCGGAAGCGCACAAGGACUCCUAGGAGUGAUGGCCCAAGGGUGGGGCCGGGAAGGAGGUACCGAUUUAGACACUGUUUGCCGACCUGGAAACUGCAAUUAAAGACUACUCUGUCUUUGCCAUUGUGUCGGACCUUGUGGUGCGGUACGUACCAACUCUCUCUUGACUUUCCCGCUUCGAAGUUGUCUAUCUUCUUUACAUGACCGCUUACUAUUAACUUGCCAAUCUCAGCUCGGUAAACUGCUGCUUGCUGCGGGUCCUUGGCCAGACGUCUCUCCGUGUUCCUCAGGUAGUUGCUGACUACUUCCUUGGAUACGUGCAAAGUCGGCAUGUUUUCUCUCCUCAAUAGUGGAGUGGCAUACCUCUGUACUCCCUUGACGUCUAUCCUCUUGGUCUUCUGCUCAAGCAGUGUCACGGCGUACUUAUCCUCCUUGGAGCGCACCAUCUGUUUCUCAUUACAGAAGGGAAGAACGUCCAGUUGCCACAGGCGCUCGACGUGGUUCAGCAGAGUGGCGUCGGCAGAGGUGACUUUGCUGUACAGGCAGCAGGUUGGUGCUAUUCUAUUGCGGGGAGAGUUGAAUGGACCUUGGAGAGUCCAACCCAAUCUUGUCUUAACGGCUGCUGGACACCCUCGGGGCCCAAGAUAUACUGCACUGACAGGGACGAUAAGGUUGGUGUGAUCAGAGCCGAUGAGGAGGGUUGGGUGGACUUGAUCAAUUAGUGGUACCGGUAGGCGUCGCAGGUGCUCAAACCUCUCUUUGAGUUGCUCUAUAGGAUAAUCGUACUGAGACAGACCAAUCUGCUGGCUAGUGAAGACGUCGGUCACUGCAUACUGUUUGUUUGGCUGGUCAGCAGGGGAUAUGGUGAAAGUGACUCUCUCACCCUUUAUGGUCUUUAGAUCUCGACGAAUAGUGCGGAGGUUCAACUUCUCUUCUUGUCCCUUGAUUCCCAGUUCCUCUGCAGCAGAUGCAAGUAAGAGUGUUCUCUCAGAGCCGUCGUCAAGGACAGCGUGGGUGUCCAGUACUCUAUCCUUGUAGCGUAGGAGGACUCUUACUAUCUUCAACAUCACUCUGGAGCUUCCGCUCUUUGCUGGGUCGAUGUAGUGUACCUCGGCUGUUGACUCAGUAGGCGUUUCUCUGCGAUUAACAUCGUGCAGGAUGGUCAGGUGGGUAGCUUGACAUUGCCUACACCUCUUCUUAAGGUUGCACUCUGACGCUUUGUGUUGGCGGGCACACCUCCAGCAUCGCCGAUUGACUUUGAUCCACUCUGUGGCCUGCUCUUUGUUCAUCUUAGUGAAGUCUUCACAGGCAUGUAGCCAGUGCUCUUUAUCACAGAAGGGGCAGUGAGGUUUCACCUUGCUCUUGUUCGGAGUGGAAGGUUCUUUCUUAUGGGCUGACUGGGUCGGUUUCGGUUUGAAAUCUUCUGUCUGAAGCAUCACAGUAGUUGGUUUCCCAUGACCUCUGCUCUUCUUUCCUACAUCUCCUGGGGUUGGGCCGCCCCGUAGGGAGGGGUCCAAUCUGAGGCUCCGAACUUCCAUCCGUAAGAAUGUGGAGAGGUCCAUCAGGGACAACUCGUGCUGAGGUGCGUGGAGGUAGUUUCGUUGACGCCUAAAUCUCUCCUGUCUGAACUUGGGAAGUUUGUCGAGGAUGCGCUCUACAUUGGAGCUGGCGUGGAGUUCAUGGUUUCCUUUCUCCUGCUGGGACUGGAGCAUGCCUACUAGAGAUUGUACUCGUACAGACAGGUCGUCAAGGGUCCGGUCAUCUUUGACUGGAGGAAGUUUCUCUAUGUCCCUCAUCUCUUGGAGGACAUAGUCCCAUGUUCGCCCGUAGCGGUCAUCAAGAUCUGCUAAUGCAUCGGAGUAAGGGGUAGUGGAGUGUGCAUGUGCUAAUACAAUAUUAUGGGCCCGAGGAACCUUGACAUGUUUCAGCAGGAGGGCAUAUUUAUAACGCUCAUCUUGGGAUGGAGAGAGCAGGGUUCCCAAGCACAUGCGUAGCUCUGUAUACUGGGACCUGUCCUCUUUAGUGAAAUCAGGAAAGGUCGGCUCUUCUACUCCGUAGAUGGCUGCUGGUCGAGAGGCGAACUGGACAGGAGAACUAGGAUAUUGAUUAAUCAAUGGUGAGAACGGCUGACCUUGGUUAGAGGGCCCGUGGUUCUGCAAACUAGGUUGGGGUUGUGAGCUAGCUGCUGGAGGAGGGGUCACUGUGCCGUGUCCAUCUAGGGGGGAGGCGGUUGGCUCAACUGUGCAGGUAUGCUGUAAAUAGGUUUUCGGUCUCCUUGGUAGGCAGAGGAGAUAUGGGGAGCUGGGAACUUUGCGUGAUCUCGCAUUUCAUCGUCUAGUGCUUGUAGCUUGUUGGAUAGCUGUAUAGCUACCUCUAUGGGUUCUGCCUUAGUGCCAUAUACAGCUUGGCUCAGACGAGCUGGGGAGUGUUGUCUCGACUCUCUGCGUGAGGACUGCCUGGAAGAUCGGGCGGAGGGGCGUGCGGAUUGACUCUGAUAGGCCUCGGUAAGUAACUGGAUAGUCUGUCUAGCAGCUUCAUCGUUCUGUUUAGCUAGCGCUACCAGAGCCUGGGUGUGUGCACUCUCUCUCUCAGCUUGUCGGCGUUCCCUCUCAGCUUGCAACUCAGCCUGUUGUCUAGCUAACGCUGCUAUGGUUUCAGCUUGCUGCCUGGCUAGCACCACCUGUUGCUCUGCUUGUAAGCGUUCCCUCUCCAUCUGCAUCUUAGCCUGCAGUUGUUCCCUUUGUAUAGCCGCUUCCUCUAGACGGCGUGUAGCCUCCUCUGUUGUCGCCAUCUGCAGUUUAAAUAGCUCUAAUAGUUCUUUGUUGUUAGUUUUCCCUGAUGUAGAAUAACGCACUGAGUCAGGGCUUCCUGGCGGGGUAGGUGUUCUGGGUCUGAGGAGCUCCUUAUCAUUCAUGUCAAACAUGUUCAUUGGAUCAGCCUUGUAUAGCUCAUUAGCUCGUAAAGAGGGACUGACACCUAUCUUGUGUAUAUUAUCCAUGCUACGGUUAAUAGGUAGAUCGAACAUGCGGGGCCUGGUCUGAAUAAGGCUUCUAGUACUGCCUCCAUGUGACUGUUCAAAGUUGUGGCUAGGGGGCAAAUCAACUUCAUAAGCAUCUAAAUAUCUGGGACGUUGACGGAUACGUCUGGGGCAUUCGGGUGGAGUCCUAUCUCCUGCUGAUAGUCCACUACUAGCCAUGGGGGCAAUGCUAACUCAUCCGGCUCGAAGGACCAAAAAUUGUAGCGUAGGACCACAAUUUAACUGAGAACUGUAAGGUACAGUAGGGCGCUAGCCACCGCUCCCUGGCGUCCCUUACUAUGGACAAAGAUGCUGUGGACUCUCACUAAAUAACAGGGGAGGGACAAGGAUAUAAAGGGAACAACAUAAACCUUUAUUACACCACAAACAAAAUUAUGCACAAUUGACUCACUAAAACUUACACUAAAAUAUGUCCUGUCUAACUAUACUAAGUCCUACUUAAUACUAAACCUAAUGGUACCAAUGUUGCCCGGGGUUGGAGCUCAAAGGAGGACGUGAGGAUUCUGAUGCAGCCAGGAUGGAGGUCUGUGGAGAGGUCCCGAUGUUGAGGGAUUAUGUGCUCAGGUGUCCACGGGAGAUGAAUGGGAGCUGUUCUCGGGUGAAGAGGGGAGGGGGUGAAGAUGUGGUCCAGAGGAGGAGGGGGUGAACUAAAGUCCUUAAACUGGGGCCAGUUAAUGCUUGCUGGGAUACGAAGGACAAUGACGCCGCUAGCGAGACCUAGCUAGCCACUGUCGGGAAAACGAGAGCUAACAUUAAUCGGCGAUCUAACUUCAGUUCAAAGUCUGUUUGUUCCUCUUCAGGUACAAUCUUCACAGGAUUAAAAACAACUUGUUGUGCGGGUUAUUAAUCCCACAAAACUUCACCGAAAGAAUGAAUGAAUCUGUUGGAUACACAAAGCUGCUCCGAUCGUCUCCUCUUCUCAAACUUUCUCCUCUCACUCUCCCAGCUGACACACACACUCGCACCAAAUCACACGCGCACUGAUACAAACAUAUCAGCCUAAUUACAGCAACACUGAAAGGACGUAUAUCUCCGCUGUAUGAAUGACAUCGGGCACAACAACAACAAUAACAACUGUACAUCGCUGCAGUAACAAUAAUAAACAGGAUCUCAAAUAACAAACCAGAAGUAAAGAAGAAAGAGGGCUUAACUGGGCAGGGAGCAGUGGGAAGCCUAUGUUACUGCUUAGAGGGGUUCUUAAAGUAAAACUAUAAAACUAAUCUUCUAGCCACUUCUGAGUCUUCAAUACAUAUCGAUUGUUAAAUUUGAACAAUUAACCCAAGAACUAAGUCUGUGCCUCAUCAGUGAUAUACAUUUUCUGUUUAUUAGGAGAACGAGGUUCUCCGAAAGCAGAACGUUCAGUUGUCAGAAGAAAAUGGAAAACUUGUGGGCCAUAAGAACCACAAACAGAGGAUUGAAUAUCUGGUAAAGCUGAAAAAGGAAAACACCAAACUUCAAGAGGUAACUAAUGCUUCUACUGUCAUAUCCAGAUGUUUUCUGAUUUAUAUGUGAUGUCAAUAAACUCUGAUUUUUUUUUUUUUGUUUUAAAGGAAAAUGAAAAGCUCAGGACAGAGAUCGCUCUAAUCCGGGACAACAUGGGAUGUUUGGAGAUGACGUGA